AUGACGAUAGUAGUGGUGGUGGCGCCGAAUGCAGUGGCGGCGGCAGUGAUGGUGGGUGGUAGUGGCGGUGGCAAUGGUGGCGGUGAUAUUGGUUGUGGCAGCAACGGUGGUGGUGACGGUAGUGGUGGUCAGUGCGGAAGUAGUGACAGUGGCAGUUGGUGGCGACAUCGACGGUGGUGGUGGUGGCAGUGGCGGCUUGUGAUGGUGGUCGGUGCAGCGAUGGUGGCAACAUUGGUAGUAGUGGUGGUGGUGGUGGCUGCGAUGGUGAGGAAAUGGUGGCAGUGGUGGUGGGUGAUGGUGGUCGAUGGUGGCGGCGACGGUGGUAACGACGACGAUGGUAGUGGUGGUAGUGGCGGCGGUGAUGGUGGGUGGUAG